GUUUUGUGCAUCAAUGUUUCAAAUUGAUUUAGAUAUUCUUAUUUUUCUUGGACAAAAACAAUCGACAUAAAAUCGCGUAAAAAUUAGUUUUCUGUUUCAAGUUUUCAAAUGUUGCGAUACUUUUCGAAAUGGUUUUAUGCUAUUAGAUUUUUAAUUAAUCCAAUUUCAGCUUAAGAAAACCAUUUCCUUAGCACCUACAAAACAUUUAGAACAAGCCCCUCUCAUUCAAAUGCGAGAACCAUGAUUAAUAAUUCAUCGUGUCAAUAAAAUUCGAAGAAUAUCUUUUGGUACCGGUUUUUGGUUAAACAAGUUUUGCAAAACAAAAUCCUUGGUACCCGAAAGACUAGACAGCCUUAGGGAUAAACCAACACAAAUUAUGAGCUAUGCUGCAUAUUAUAAAUUAAAACUCUUACAAAUCGAGAUUUUGAGAGCUACAGAAUAUUUUCGACGCACAACCAUAGACAAUCCACUAUUGUUGUAGAUAAUUUGUCAAAGAAAAUAUACAAAUGAUUUUUGACAAAUCAAAUUAGAUAAAAAACCACGAAAGUAAAAAUUAAAUUUUAUUUUAACCUUUAGUAUUUUAUACCUAAACCAAAUUCAAUGUCAUCCCUGAGGCGAACGUGGGCGUGGGCGAACGAAUUCGGAAGCGUCAGGCAAAGUUGAAGGUGGCCUAAAGUUUCAAUAAAUCGAUUCCAACACCAAUCGUUGCCAUGGCAAUGAAAAGUCCUUUGCAGGGCCAAACAUGUCAGAAAUAUCGCCGUAAACAAAAUAAAACAGAUUUCAGUCCAACAGUAAAAUGGGAAUGUUGCACAAUUUGGCCGAUUUGAUAAAGAUUAAAAAGGAUAAAAUGACGAUUUUGGUGCUGGGCCUAAACAACAGUGGAAAGUCUUCGAUAAUCAAUCAUUUUAAAAAGUCCAGUGAACAGACUUCAAUCGUUGUGCCUACAGUUGGCUUCAUGGUGGAACAGUUUUAUAGCAUGUCCGGUGUAUCAAUAAAGGCAAUUGAUAUGUCGGGUGCCACACGAUACAGGAACCUCUGGGAGCAUCAGUUUAAGAACUGCCAUGGAAUCAUAUAUGUGAUUGAUUCCAGCGAUCGCAUGAGAUUCGUGGUGGUCAAAGAUGAGUUGGAUCUUGUGCUGAAGCACCCCGACUUGUGCAACCGAAUCGUGCCAAUUCUAUUCUAUGGAAAUAAAUCGGACAUGGAGGAUUCCCUAUCCAGUGUGAAAAUUGCAGCAGCUCUUAGAUUGGAGAACAUAAAGGAGAAACCCUGGCAUAUCUGCUCUGCCAAUGCUAUUUCCGGCGAAGGUCUUGGCGAGGGUGUUCAAUGGCUUAUACAGCAAAUGAGAUUCGCCAUGCUUAGCAACAAAGACGCCGCGAAAUCCAGGUCCAAGCACUCCAAAUAGAUCUUAAAUAUCAUCCUCUUUUCUUGAUGUUUAAUAAAAAACAAUGUUUUUCAAAAA